AUGAGCGCCCCGCAGCCGCGCUUUCUUGAAACCUAUAACAGUCUUACAGACAAACACCUGGUUGGAUAUUUCAGCAAUGCCAGGAUAAGACGACAUCUUCAGAAAUCAGGACUGAUCUCAAGGAGUGGAAGAAUAAUACCUGAGAAAGAAUACCGCAUCAAUGCCAUGAGGAGGGACCACCAGAGGCAUGUCCAGGAGCGCUUGGCUGAUGCCAUAUUUCGUAAGGUCCUUGACAUGGAGCGUCAUCAUCAGCUGGAGAUAAAAAAUAAUCUUGACUGUUCUGUGAGGAAAAAGAGGAUACAGCCAAACAAGGUGGAGCAAAUCAGAGGAUCUCUGGAAGAAAUCAUCCAUGUGCACUGCCCACAUCCACCCCUGGCUCCAAGGAACCGUGGUGGGCUCUGUCCUUUAGUGGCUGCAGGGCGAGCUGGUUGCUGUCACUGCAGGGCACCUGGACUUGGAGUUGAUUAUUGUUGUGGACAUUGUCCUCACCAGCACCGAAGCAAGGAGUCUUCCUCCUCUAAGGUGAGUUCCUUGCGACCAAACACAGCUCCAGGAAAAAUACAGCAGCCCCCUCACCUCCAGCCCCUCCACGGCUGGGCUGCAGCAGGGGCUGUACCUAAGACUUCCAAACAGAAGUGCCCUGCAGUGGAACAUGAACAGCAGUGUGCCCAUGGGGGGGAGAGGAGUGAGUUAAGGAUUGUGAAUUCGGUGGAGUACGUGGCUGUGUCACCGUACCAGCUCCCUGUCAUCUGCCCUCGUGCCCUGCCCGUGCCACCCCGCCGGCCGCGCAGAGGGGACAGGCGCGUCCCUGCGCUCCGGAGAGGGCUGCCCGCAGAGGGGUGCUUGCAUCCCACCACUGCCUUCAACGAACAGGUCUUGAUCAGGGUGAGUAGACCCUAAUACUCGGGGGUUCCCAAGUCCCCGUUGUGCAGCAAUGCCUUCGUCACCAUGAUCUACCUAGGAAGGAGUAAGCAUGUGUCUCUUGAGUACAAGGAUGAAAUCAAAGUCUAUCAGCAAUACUGUGGAACAGAAAACAUUUGUGUCUAUAAAGGCAAGCUGUUGGAAGGAGAUACCUUCCAGUUCAUCUCCAAGAGGUGCAUUAUUGCCAUGGGUCUGGACAAAAAGCUAUCCCCUCCCAAGAGGAAGGCUAGGUCCUGUGGGAUGAAGCACAUGUGCCCCUGGGAAGAUGCUGUGCACUGUGAGCUAUGUGGAGCAUGCAUUGAGCAGAAAUCAAGGGAAGAUUCAGCAUUAGUCACCAAACAGGGCCAUGGAGCAAGUGAAGAAGCUUUUGAGAAAACACUGGAGACUGAAGAAGAGUCCAGUGAAGAAGAAAUGGAAAACCAAUCUAGUGAAGAGGGUGAAAAUAAUGAGGAAGACACCAGUAAAAAUGAAUAUCAUGAAGAUUUUGAAGCAUAUGAAGAAGCUAAUGAAGAGGAACAGACUGGUGAUCAAAUGAAUGGAAUGUCAGAGUCAUCCUCAGAUGAUAAAAACCAUAAUUUAGGCUAUGGAAAUGGGAGUGCAGCCUCAUCCCAGAAGGCACUGGGGGCCUCUGACAGGGAGAAAGAUGAAAGUGAUGGAUAUUGUGAUGACAGGGACUCUGAAGAUGAUCUGCAAGAGGGGAGGCCUGCAGACUCUCUAUCAUCCAUGAGCACUCAGUGCAGCACUGACUCUCAUGCUGACAUGAUGAGAGACAAUGUGAAAGGCAAAGAGGGCUGCAAUUUCAAAAGUACAUCUGAUAGUGCAGCACAUGCACACUAUGGAAAUGAGAAUGGGGAGAAGCAACUGUUCAGAAUGGAGGAAAAUCAGGAGACUUCUGCACUGGAAAAGAAAGGAAUAGAUGAAGCAGAAAAGACAAAACCAGAAGAUCUAACAGCAAGGGAAGAUACUAGAAUUUCUCAUGAAAACAUAAGGGCAAUGCAGCAACCACAUCCUGAGGUUAAUGGGGAAAUCAAACAGACUGGGUCAGGAGAAAGUAACAUGAAUGAGGAGAAGAAAUGUCCUGCAGUGCCCUGGGGAAGCAGGGUACUGAACAUGGAGGAUGGCAAUGAAGAGUGUCCUUGGUGUGAGGAAAGAGCUGUUUUUGAAGACUGCAAACCAGUACAGGAGGAAAUAGCAAAAGCAAUUGGAAAUUAUCAUCCUGUGAAUUCUGACCCUGAACCUGGUGAUUCGUGUGCCAAUGAGGAAGAAAAGAACGCAGCAAAUACAGAGCGUGGUGCCAGUGGAGCACCAGAUGGAAGUUCCUUGGAAGAGGGGAGGAGAAGCCUUGCUGUGCAGGAGGCAGCCAGACAAGCGGCAGGAGAAGGGCAGGUGACAGGGCAGGGACGAGCCCUGGAGCAGGACGAUGCUGCUGAGGCCAGAGGAGAUCCCCGGGCCGGGAAUUCGCUGCCCCAGGCGGGUACCGGGACUGCGCUGGAGGAAUCCGCACCUGGGGAAGGCACCGUGGCGCAGGAACAUCCCACAGGAAAGGGAACAGGGGAGGCAGGGAGGUUGGGCACAGAGGUGUCACCUGGGGAGCAGGGGGUGCUGGUGGAGGAGAUGGAGACACAGGUGGCACUGGGAAAGCCAGCAGCUGGGGGAGAGGGACCGGCUGGGACACUGCCAGGAUGGGAGACAGGCAGAACCGUGCCCCAGGGACAGGAGGGGGCCGGGGGCAUGGCUGAGGAGGAGGAGGAGGCUGCAGAGGAAGACCUGAAAGGAGCAGAGGAGCAGGUGGGUGAGGCGGUGCCCGAGGCAGGGCAGUCCCUGGGGCAGGGAGGGGAGGACACUGCGGUGGGUUCUGUGUCCCUGCCAGAGGAGGCUGUGGAGCGUGCUGCCCCGUCUGCAGGUGGGACUGCCAGAGCUGCCGGCCCUGGAGGAGAAGAGGCUGUUGAAGAAGACCUUUCUGAAAGGGACAAGGCUAUGGGGGAGCCUGGGGCUCUCUGGGAAGCACUAGGGGAUAUGGAAACAGGAGAAGCAAUGCUUGGAGAGGAAGGGUUUGUAAAGCCAAGUGAGUUUUCCCAGCUGAAAGCGUCAGGGGAAGAGCGGAUAGAGAUGGGGAAAGCUGGAGCAGCAGCACCUGAGAGUGCUCAGACAUGGGAGGUGGGAGGGAACGCUCUCCAGAGAGCGGAGGACACGAAGGAAAAGUCUGUGGAGCCUGGCAAGGGUCCUGUACUGGAAGUGGCACCUGGGUUAGGGGCGCUGGGGGAUGCUCGGGGGGAUCCUGGCACUGAAGGCUCAUCACGGGCGGAGGAGACGCCGACAGAGCAGGAGGAGGAGGAGAAGGGUGCAGCGGAAACACUUCGGAGUGAAAACCCAAAGUCUGAGGGCAACAAAACAGAGACACAGGGAGCAGUGGGAGGAAAAGCCGGGGGAGAGGUGAUGGGAGGGUCUGCAGGGGCGGCAGGAGCGGGCUCGGGAGGUGGAGGGGAGGUCACAGAUGGAGCAGCGGGUUCAGAGGAGCUGGCAGCGGGGAUAGAAGGGUGGCCAAGGUGUGCAAAAGGGACAGGGCAGGGGAGGUGUCCCGGGGAGACGGGGCUGUGCGGGACCCGGGCAGGGGAGCCCGGGCUGGUGGCUAUCGCUGUGGUGGGUGGGCAGGCUGGGCAAGGAGCCCUGGCCGUGGGGCCGGCAGCGGCUGGGGGCGGCGGGCUGGGCACAGGGCCGAUGGCACAGAGCGGGGUGACAGGGACAGUGCUGGGGGCACAGAGAGGGGUGACAGGGGCAGGGCUGGGGGCAGAGAGUGGAAGCGGGGUGACAGGGACAGGGCUGGGGGAACAGAGCGGGGUGACAGGGGCAGUGGAGCGGCUCGGAUCCCCACGGCUCGGAGAGGGGCUCGGAACAGCACUGGGGGAACAGCUCAGUGCAGGAGGCGCCCCGAGCAGCCCUGCCCGUGGGGAUGGGGCAGUGGAAGCCAGGGACAGAGGGUCCCCGGCAGGCGGGGGACAGUGCCUGGGCACCAGGGCAGCUCCGGAGCCAGGGACAGCGCGGGGCAGGAACGGGCGGCAGGAGGAGCGGAUGGGGCAGACAGGAGGGGAAGCCGAGGGGCAGCAGAGGAAGGACGGUCCCCUCGGAGGGAGCUCAGGUGUCCUGUCAGGCGCUGGCGUGGGCGAGAGCAGCCGCGGCCCCCGGCAGGUGAGUCCUGCGCACCACUUACUCCUGCAGCUCAGCCAUGUGGAGCAGGUCAUCAUCUGCCCAAUUAGAGUCACGUAG